UAAACUUGCCUUGCAGUUCUUUACAGUCAAAGCUAAUUAGUUACAAUUUGAAAAGUCGAUGCUGUCUAAGCUAGGCAUAUUGCUUAAGCUCAUAGUUGCUAUUUUCAUUUUGGGGAGUGAUGAUAGUGUUGCUGCAACUAAGCCGCAGUGUCAAAGGAAAUGUGGUAAUGUCAGCAUUCCUUACCCAUUUGGCAUCGGUGAGCAUUGUUGUAUAAAUGCAUGGUUCGAGAUCACUUGCCAGAAUCACAUCCCCGUUUUACAAGUUUACCAGAUGAAGGUUUUGAAUAUAUCAGUUUCUCAGAUACGAGUUGCAAAUAAUCGGAAGUUCACAGACUGUAAUCCUGAUAAGGAAAGUUGGACGAAUCGACAUAUAGAGCUACUUAUUAAACGAGAUCUCAAUCCUUUCUUCUUCCCCCACACCUCUAACAAGUUGGUAGCUGUUGGCUGUGACAUCUAUUCCUUCAUCACCGAGGCAAAUGAGGAAAAUCAUGAAACCGGAUGUCUCUCCCUAUGUAAGGGUCCAAUAUCAGAGUCAGCUGCCCGUUUUUGCUCAGGCUUUCAUUGUUGCCAGACCCCUCUGACCAGAAACUUUAGGUCCUUCCGAGUGCAAAUAUUGAAUUGCUUUCCUUGCUGA